CCCUCUCAGGCCCCGCUAAAGUCGUCUCUGUUUCCCUCUCCCCGCGGCCUCUCUUGACGGACCCGGCCAGAUGCUGAUCUUCUCCAUAUUCUUCCCCUACGUCCUCCUCAUCUGCUUCUUCAUCCGAAGUCUCUUCCUGCAAGGCGCGAUGGCCAGCCUCAGGCGCCUGGUGACCACAGAGCUCCCGGUCUUGUCAUCGCUGGACAUGUGGCGUCAGGCUGGAGGCCAUGUGCUUUAUUCCCUCAGCCUUGGCAUGGGCACCAUCAUCACUCUCUCCUCCUACCAGACUAGAGGCGACAACUACAUCAAGCUGGCAUCCUGUGUGGCCAUAAUCAACCUGGUGACCUCCUUGCUCAGCACUUCCAUCAGCUUCCUCAUGCUGGGCUUCUGGGCCACCACCAGCGGCUCUAGCUGUGUUGAGAAGAGUGUCUCCAACCUGCUCAACCUCAUUGCCAAGGGUGUGCUGUCUCAGGCGGCCAGGCCUCCCACAGACAUUGUCCAUCGACCCCCACCGGAGUUCCUGGACUGGAUAAACCAGCUCCCCGAGCACGUCCAGCAUGAGGUGGUCCAUUUUUCCCUGCCGUGCAGCAUCCUAGUGAAAAAGGAAAAGUUCAUGGAGGGCAUUGGCCUGGCGUAUGUGGUCUUCUCUCAGGUCAUAUCACUGUUUCCCGGUUCCUCUUUCUGGGCCAUCAUCUUCUUCCUGGCCCUGGCCACCACGAGUCUGAGCACCAUGGUAACGCUCCUGGAGGGCAUCGUGCUUCCUCUGCAGAAAAAGGUCCUCGUCUUGUCAAAGCAUCCCAAGCUGGUGCCAGUGGUCAUCUGCUUGGGAGGAUUUCUGGGCAGCCUCAUCUUCACCAGCCGCUCCGGCAGCUACGUGGUAUUCCUGAUUGAUGACCACCUGGUCCCUAUGGUCCUUGUCAUCAUUGUGGUAUUCCAGAACCUUUCCCUGGCCUGGGUCUAUGGAAUCAGGAGAUUCAGGGCUGAGAUAUUUGGCCAGCUGGGGCAUCUGGUGUGGGCACCUUUCUCCUUCCUGUGGAGCUACGUGACAAUGCCCACGCUGCUGGCGCUGUUCACAAUCUACUUCCUGAAUAUCUACCACAGUGAAUCUCUCUACUAUAUCUCUUGGAAUGACAGCAUGUCCCAGGAAAUGAAGCAGCCUUACCAGAAGAUAGUGCUGGGCUGGGUCACCUUCCUCAGUGUCCUGGCACUCCUGCCCAUCCCCAUGUACCCGCUCCAGCGCUGGUGGAACCUGGAUGACGACAUUAUCUGCGAUGUCUCAAAGGAGCCCGCAUCCUCCAGAAAGGUGGUCCCAGGGAGCAACAAGGCCACCCAGAGGCCUAUGUACCUCCUGAAGAGAAGUCAGGAAAAAGACAAGGCUUCGUUCCAAAACAAGAGCCCCGCAGAGACCUCAUUCCUUCAGCAUCAGAACGUGCUGACGAAAACAGGCAGCGAAAACUACUCCACCUUCAGCUUUCCCUAUGGCUCCACUUCUCUUGUCUCUCCCUGA